AUGUCUCAAUUGAACGACGAUACCACUUUGAUCAUGACCUUGACGAGAACAGCUACCUUCUCGAAUGGUCUCAUGCAAGCUGCGGGUGCAAGCCCCUCUCAGAACCCCGAUGGGUAUAUCUCAUGGAUUGAGACAACCAUUGCAACGCAGCUGGUGAUGUCGAUACCGGUGACCUAUUCAAGAACGCAAGCGCCAAGCUCAGUCUCAAGCUCAGUCGCAAGCCAGCCACAGCCGUCAACCAAGCUCGUUAGCUCACAGCAAACCACCGUUGUCUCAAACACAAGUACGCGUUUGCAAGCUCUGUCUGCUGCCAAUUCGGUCCAGUCUGCCACGUCAUCAACCUACUCGCCCCACUUGCAAUUUGGCGACGUACCAACGUCGAAUUCAAACCAGGUCGGCAUUGCGGUUGGAGUGCCGAUCGCGGUGUUUGCGGUCUUCUUUAUUGCCUUGGGCGCAUGGUACUAUAUGCGCAUACGCAAGUCGAAGCAGAAACAAUUGCCGCAAUUCAAGUCGUUCACUUUCCUGGACAAUGCCGCAGCUUCACCCACGAGUUCUCGGACCAUAUCUGCUGAGCAGAAACAACCUUAUCCCGUGUUGUUCUCGCCUUCAAAUUAUUUGAAAACCGCCAAGGAUUUGCAAGAUUAUCGACAAGAACAAAGUACUUUCCAAAGGCUGAUGAACCGGUUGAGCCGGAUGUGGCCGGUUAGAGACCGGGAGCGGGAAAUGGGAGAGAAGAAUCAAGCUAACGAAGCAAGAGGGAGAGGAGAAGAAGGCCAAGAAGGAGGAGUAGGAGGUGGUGGUAAUGGUGGUGGUGGUUUUGUUCAGCGUAUGUCUGCUUCGAUGAUGACUCCGAUUUUCCUUAAGAAGUUCAAGCUUGGUAAGAUCACGGAGGAGAAGCCCGAUAGCGUCCGGCCGCAGAUUUUGAAAAUCAACGGAGAAGGUCUGAGCGCUGACGACCAGAAUGUAUUGAACCGGGAGUUGUACAUUGCCAUUAGGUCGUAUACAAAGAAACUCAGCGACGAAUUGACUUUGCUGGUGGGAGACAAAUGCACUGUGUUGGAGAAACAUAGCGAUGGGUGGUUCAAGGUUCGCUUGGUAGAGAGCGAGAAGAGUUUAACUUUGAACGAGACUGGGUUCGUUCCGAGAAUGUGCCUUCAAAAGAUUUAG